AUGGUUCUAGUUAAUCUUCACUCCGAUGGUCAACCACUUAUCAUCAACAAAAGCGUGUUGAACUGGUACUUGAUCCGCAUGAGAAAUCAAACCAGAAACCAACAAUCUGAACCUAUUCAAGAUCCGAACCUCCCUGGUUUACCGGGAGUUAACCUAUUGGAUCAAGACGAGGACUUGGAGAACCAAGAUCAGCGUAGAGAAGAUUGGGUGAUUUCGAUAAAAGACAAGAUGGAGAUAGCACUUAGAGACGGCGCCAUAACUAGCUGGGACAAGCUCUGUAUCUACCGAGUUCCACCUUACCUGCAAGAAAACAACGAGAAGUCCUAUUUCCCUCAAACCGUCUCGCUUGGUCCGUACCAUCAUGGCAAAACACAUCUCCUGCCCAUGGAGCUUCACAAGUGGCGUGCGGUCAAUAUGAUCAUGGAACGCACCGGGCAAGGAAUUGAAUUAUAUAUUGAUGCUAUGAAAGAGCUCGAGGAGAAGGCUCGUGCUUGCUACCAAGGCCCCAUUACUUUGAGCAUUAAUAAGUUCACAGAAAUUCUUGUUGUUGAUGGUUGUUUUGUUCUCGAGCUACUCAGGGGAACCGUUGAAGGAUUCCAGCAAAUCGGAUAUGCACGCAACGAUGCUGUAUUUGCGAUGCGGGGAUUGAUGCAUUCGAUUCAACGUGACAUGGUAAUGUUGGAAAAUCAACUACCUCUGAGAGGCGUUGACCAAACCAAACCAGUCAAAACUCAAGCCUUGGCUAGAAAAAUCCUUGGACUCACUUGGCGACAAGGUGACUUGCAUUGUCUUGAUGUUUUCCGUCAAAGUCUCCUCGAGUUUCAUCAGUCAUCAAAUCCGAGGUCUCAGGAUACGCUCGGGAUGAACCUGGUGGACAAGCGACAACAACAACUCGUACACUGCGUGACGGAACUAAGAGAAGCUGGUGUUAAAUUCAAGACAAGGAAAACCCACCAGUUUUGGGAUAUUCGAUUCGAAAACGGUUGUCUAGAGAUACCCAAACUAGUUAUCCAUGACGGUACCAAGCCACUCUUCUUGAAUCUCAUAGCUUUCGAACAGUGUCAUAUCGACUCGAGCAACGACAUAACAUCCUACAUAAUCUUCAUGGACAAUCUAAUUAACUCUGCUGAAGAUGUGAGCUACUUGCAUCAGUGUGGUAUCAUCGAGCAUUGGUUAGGGAGUGAUGCUGAAGUUGCGGAUUUGUUCAACCGGUUAUGUCAGGAAGUGUUUUUCGAUCCCAGAGAUAGUUAUCUAUCUCAACUAUCUGAUGAUGUUAACCGUUAUUAUAGCCGUAAGUGGAAUGUUUUGAAGGCUACCUUGAGGCACAAGUACUUCAAUAACCCUUGGGCGUAUUUCUCUUUUUUUGCUGCAGUUAUUUUGCUAAUGCUCACACUAUUUCAAAGUUUUUAUGCUGUAUAUGCUUAUUAUAAGCCACAUUUGUAA